AUGCCAGCCAGUAUCUCUCCAAAGCUUCCUCUUCUGCUGUUCUUUAUAUUCGCAUUCUGUUUGUCAAAUAAUGGCGUGCACGCCUUCGGGGCAGGCAACAUUCCUUCAUUUGCAUUUGUCGAAGGCAAAGCAUUUAGGCAUGGAGAUAUUGAGGAUGCACUUGCAGACCUCGUAAAGAAGGGGGUCGGUGGAUUCGCGCUCUCCAGUCUCCUCGGAAAAGGUCCAAAGUUUGGCGGCCUCGACAUCAAGCGCGUAUACUUUGGCAAUUGGUUGAGAGAUUACAGUCAGGCUGUUGACAUCAGUACACUGAAGAAAGUGAACUUGCAAACAAUCCUCAAUUUAGUUAUGGUGCUCGGGUUUAUGGCCAAUGGAUAUGCUACUGGCGAAUUUGAAGUCACGCCAGAGAGACUCGGUGCCUAUUUGCCAACAGAACAUAUUGAUAACCCGAAAGGUUAUGGAGAGGGAGAAGACGCACGGCAGUACGACCCCAGACUACGCGGCCCUGUCCACCCUGAUGAACUCGCCAUCGAUCCGCAGACAGGAAUGAAAAACUAUAUCGCAAAUGAAAAUGGUCAUUGGGAUACAUCCAAGGCCCUCGUGCGCAGAGUACUCCAGCAGUGCAUUUACCUCGGCAGAAAAUUCAAGAGUUCUGGAGAUAACGCGGAUCAGUAUGAGGCGUUUAGGCUCCUUGGACAAGCUCUUCAUACCCUUGAAGACUUCUCUGCACACUCCAAUUUCUGCGAGCUUGCUCUUGUUUCCAUGGGACAUACCAAUGUAUUCGUGCAUGUUGGUGAUGCUGUACGAGUGCGUGCACACAAUGGAAAAAUGGUCGCGCCAAUCGUUACAGGGACCUUCGGAUCGAGUGAUUUUAUUUACAGCUUGCUGGGAGAGGCUACUGAUCACAUUAGUGAAGCUUCCGUCACGGAGCUUAAUAAAGAGUUUGAUCGUGCACGCUCCAAGUCUAAUUCAUCGAAUGACAUGCUCCGCGAUGCUUUCCUCAAACUCCCUGGUGGAAGCGGCGAUAAGAUGGGUCGCGACAUGGAAGGCAUCGAGCGGAUGCGCGCUGGGAUAGAACGUGGUAAUAGGCGCCCCGGGGACAUGAGCCCACAAGAGCUGCAUAGCGUGUUAUGGCAAGUCUUGAGCUUCAGAGAUUCCGUUAUGAAAAGUAUAUCGGGGACAUUAGAGAAGAUCCCUGGGCUCAACUCGGUUAUCGAAAAAAUUCAGGAUUCAAUUUCUGUGUUCGUUUUCACUACUUUGGAGCCCUUUUUGAAACCAAUCAUGGAAACCGCGACAGCCGGACUAUCAUCGGCCUCAUCAGAGGUAAUCGAUAAGCAUGAUCAAUAUGAGGUAUUUAACGAUCCAUACGCUAGCGACCCCACACAUUCUUUCCUUAGCAAAGAUCACUUCAAUUUGAUCCUAAAUGAACCUGCCGGUAAUCUCGCAAAAAUCAUUCUUAAACAUACCGUCAAUUUGGUCACGAAGGCCUGGGAUGACAGUUCACUGAACGUGAAUCAGGUCACGGAUGAGGCUUUGCAGUGCCUCUUCCAUCCCGACUUCCACCAGUCUUCUUCUGUAAUCCAGCGUGAUAUGUUGGAAUACAUGAGAUCGUGGGCGCAGAGUCUCGGGCGUAACCAGCAUGCCAUACUUGCACGUCUUACAAAGGAAUCAGUGCGAGCGCAGGAUAACACUCGGCUAGCCGCCGAUGGGAGUGCUCCCGCUUCUCAUGUGCAGGCACAGCAGGGCAUGCAGGGUCUCGUGCAAGGAAUUCCCGGUGCUACGCAGAUGCAAGGUCUGAUGAACAUGGUGGGUGGAUCUGCGGGGACGAGACGAGAGGGCGGCCAAUCCAGCGGGCAGCCUGGUUCCUACUACUCGAGGCCAGAGACAACCGCCUCGUAUGAGACUCAUUCACAGAGCGGGUCAUCGUUUCAUCCGCCUCCUGCCCAGAGCCAGUACGCACCAUCCUACGUGCAGCCGUCCCCUCCCACGUCGUCGUUUGUCAGUGCGAACAGCGCAUACAUGCAGAACGUGCAAGGUGCUCCUGGUGGGUACCCGAGCGCUAGACCUUCCGGCGGAUAUCCACCCCUGUCACCAAAUGUUCCAUUUGCAGGCGGAUAUCCGAGCGCUAGACCUACAAGCGGCUAUCCGCCGCCAAGCACUUUUCCACCUGCAGGUGAUUACUCUAUAUCACACCAUCCGCGCGUAGGCGAUUUCUCGCAACCAAGCGGCCCACCUCCAGGUGGGUUCGGCCCGAGUGGAUUCCCUGACGAACAUCGUGGCAUCCACGGUCACGAGUUCCCCGAAGCGCCGGUGUAUGGUGGCCGUUAUGGACAACAUGCGUUCGAUAACGAUGAUCGGCGUGGGGACCAACAACAGGCUUCCUUCCCGUCACCUGCAGGCUACCCCCCACGAAAUGAUCCGUAUGACUCGGAUAAUAGGUGGUGA